UGACUUGAAGAUGAGCAGUCCUCAGGCUACGUCAGCUCAGAAGGACUGUCCUCCUCCAGAGGAAUUAGAGUGUAAAAUCUGUUACCAGCGCUACAAUCCAAACAACCGGAAGCCUAAGAUCCUGGACUGUCUGCAUCGGGUGUGCUCGCGCUGCCUCAUUAAGAUUCUGGACAUCACUGAUGGAGCAGGCUACAUCCCCUGUCCCUUCUGCAGACACCAAACUGAAAUCGCUGAGUACCAGGUCUCUGCCCUGCCUGAUGACGUCAACAUCAUGUCCCACCUGGCAACACGGGACAAGUCCUGCAGCUUGGACCCGAAGAGGGAGGUAGUCCUGACUCCAAAGAGUUUGUCAUCCACCAGCCCAUCUCAUGACUCCUCAAACUGCUUGGUCAUCACUAUAAUUGAGGUUCAGAGGGAUUCACAGCGCUCUCCAAGCCACAACGACAGCUCGGAUGUUUAUGCAGAGCAGAGCCUGGACUCUGUAUCAAUAGGCUCCAAUGGACCCACUGAUCACGAUGCGCUGUCUAAGCUCUGUAAUCAUGUCCCACGUAUCUUGGUGUGGCUACUUGGUUUCUUAUACUUUGGCUCACUGCCGUUAGGAAUUUAUUUGUUAGUGAUCCAGAGAGUGACUCUAGGAAUUGUAUGUGUUAGCUUAGUGCCGUCAAGUCUGACAGUUUGCCUAGUGUAUGGAUUUUGUCAGUGCCUGUGUCAGGGCAUGUGUGACUGCGUUGCCCGGGGCUGAGAGUAUAGAAACUAGUGGGAUAAGGAUAAAGCCAGCUCCAGAAAACGGAGAGCUAGGGUGCUCCUUGGUAAAUAAAAAGCUCCAAGUUGAGGAUGGCUUAAUGGCACACCUAGCAAGUAGCUGUCUUCAAGCAAAGAAAGGACCAUAGAGACAGAAAAAGAAACCUAUCUUUAGUGAUGUGCUCUGCUUUCUUGACGCCUACUGCUUCGACAUCAGUUUGGUAAAGUGGAACAGAGUCACUGACAAGCUCAGCCAGCAACUGGAGCCUGCAGUACGCCUACAGUCCUGUGACGUAUAUGUCUCUGUGUAUGUGCCUGAAUUAUUCUGUGUUGUGACUAUAAGAUUAUCUGAAAGCCUUUUGAAGCAGGCACCCAAUAUUUCACGCAAGCAGAUUUAGGAAGAAAUGACAUCAACAUACAGUGCUUUGCAAAGCUACUGAUACUCAUUGAAUAUUUCUCAUUUUGUCAUGUUACAACAAACCUAAAUGUAUUUUACUGUAAUUUUAGGUUACAUACCAACAUAAAUUAGGGCAUGAUGGACAUUGGUCAGAUAAGACCAACAUGCAAAAUGAUACGUGUGGAGAAAAACUAACCCCACCAUGAAACAUGGUGGUGGCAGCAUCAUGUGGGGAUGCUUUUCUUCAGUUGGUACAGGGACAAUGGUCAACGAUUGAUGGGAGGAUGAAGUUAGAUACAGAGUAAUCCUGGUAGAAAGACUUGAGACUGGGGCAAAUGUUCACCUUCCAGCAGGAUAGGAACACUUAACAUAGACCCAGAGUGGUAAUCAAAGAAUCACUGAAAGCAUAUGCAUGUGUUCAAAUGACCUAAUACCCACAGAGAACUAGAAAAUUGCUUUAUACAGACAUACUCUAAUUUGACUGAGCUUGAGCUAUUUUGGAGUAGAAUAGGCAAAACUCUAAGUCUCUCGAUGUGCAAACCUGGUAGAAACAAACCUCAAAACAACUUGCAGUUUUAAUUCCAGCAAAACACAUUGACAGAGGGGAUGAAUACAAGUGCAUGCCACACUUUUCAGAUUAUGUUUUGUGAAAGUUUGAAAAACAGGUAUUCUUUUCAUUUCACUUUACAAUCAUGAUCAACCUGGCACUGGUCUAUAACAUCAAAUGCAAAUGAAGUACAUUGCAGACUGUGUUUGAAAGCUGGCAAAAUGUGGAAACACUUGAAGAAGUAUGAAUGCUUUUGCAAGGCACAAAGUUAUGCAAAAUCAAAACUCCUUUAUGUAAAAAACUGAAAUUAGAGUAAUAACAGUAUUUAUAUAUUUUGACCAAAAAAGUUGAAUUUACCCAAACUGUUCUAAAUUACCUUUAGCCAGAUGUGUGACAAGAUUGGUAGAUCUACUUUCUACCCCCUAUGGUUCUAGGAUUUGCGUAGAGUUAUGAUGAAUUAAUUUGAGACUACAUAAGCUAGAC